UUCUCAAUGCUUAUAUGAGUCAUAUAGUCAAAAGCAAAUUAGCUUCACUAACGGCUAUAAUUCCGCUAAUUCCACUCUUCCUUCACCUUCUCUUUCUCUCUUACAUCAUCGGAAAAAACAACUUCAAAAAACCGGCGAAUAAACCGGAGAUAAUACUGUUUCAAUUUUCCGACAUGUAACCAAACCAAAGCUUUCAAUAUCCAAUUACGGGAAAUGCAGGGAGGAUAAAUAAAGAUUAUAAAUUUUUAUUCAAAAAAAAUCCUUCCUAUUUGCCAUGUAGUUUAUAUAAGGUUUUAUUCAUUUACACAUUUGAAUUUUGAUUCUUUCCUAGCUUGGUAAAGAAUCCACUAUCCUUGUGGAAAAAAAGAAAAAAAAAUUAUUUGGCCCCAAAGUUCCAGUGAUCUCACUUUUCUUUGCACUCUUUUUGUGCCUUGGUGUUGUUUGAUAAAAUUCCCCAAAGGAAAAAAGAUCCCAUUUUGAUAUAUAAGCUUUGAUUCAUUGACCCAUUAGCCUUUUGAUUCUUUCUUACUUGGUAAAGAAUCCACUAUCCUUGUGGAAAAAAAGAAAAAAAAAAAAUUGCACCCUUUUGUGAUUGCACCCUUUUGUGCCUUCCACUUGUUUGAUAAAAUUCCCCAAAGAAGUGAAUCAUUGAAGAUUUACUGCAUUUCUGAGGAGUUUUUGAUCAUUAUUGAAUUGGGCAUUUCCUGUAUAACAGUUUAGGUUAUGCUCUUUUUAGGUUUCUAAAAGUUGAAUCUUGAUUGCUUUGAGUUCUUUCAUUGGUUUUUGAUUUCAUCUCUUUUUUGUGUAUCCUUAGUUUUUUUUUGUUUUCUUUUGUUGGUAAAAGGGUUUGCAUUUCUGCAUUAAGGAUUUAAGAUUGAGCCAUUUUCUUGCAUUUUGCGCAUAGUUGAUGCCUUGUUUGAGAUUUUGAACACUUACAUAGUCAUCAAGGGGUCAAGAACUUGAGGCUGGUUUUGUAAAGCGUUAGAUAUCAUCACUAUGUCAGCUGUUGAUGUGGCUUUGAGUCCGGUACAGGAAGAAUCUGUCCGGGCUACGAGGCAUAUCUAUGGCCCAUUGGCGCUUUGCACAAACGAAUCGAUUGUAAUAUACAUCACUGUAGCUGGUUCUGUGAUUCCAAUGCGCGUGUUGGAGUCUGAUUCGAUUGGGGAAGUAAAACUUAAGAUCCAAACAUGUAAAGGGUUUGUGGUUAAGAUGCAGAAGCUAGUUUUCGGAGGUAGAGAAUUGGCAAGAAAUGAAUCUUUGGUUAGAGACUAUGGUGUCAGUAAUGGGAAUGUUUUGCAUAUGGUCUUCAAGAUAUCCGAUCACCUUGUUAUCACUGUUCGAACCACUUGUGGAAUGGAAUUUGAAUUUCCCGUUGACAGGCAUCAAGAUAUCGGGUACCUAAAGCGUACCAUAUUGAAAAAAGGCAAAGACUUUGGUGAGGAGCUUAAGGUUCAAGAGCUUUUUUGUAAUGGUGAGAAGCUUGAGGAUCAGAAGCUAAUCGAUGAUAUUACUGCUGAUGCUGUGAUUCACUUGGUAGUUCAGAAAUUCGCAAAGCUUCGUGCUAAGCAUGCCGAGAGAGAUGUUGAACUUUCUGUUAUUGCAGCUAAUUGGAAUGAGAAGACCCAAAGUUGGGGUGUACAUGAAGGAAAUAAACCUGAUAGAUACUUGUUGUUGGAACCUUUUGUUGUUAAUCCAAAUAUAGAACUGCCUGGAUAUAUAUGGGACAUGAUCAACUCUGCAAGUGAUGGGUUGACAAAAGGAAAUAGACCGAUCCGAUCAUCUGAAGGGACUGGAGGAGCUUAUUUCAUGCAGGAUGGGUCUGGCAACAAGUAUGUUGGUAUUUUUAAGCCGAUUGAUGAGGAACCGCUAGCUGUGAAUAACCCUCAAGGGCUACCUUUAUCAACCAAUGGUGAAGGGUUGAAAAGGGGAACCCGAGUUGGAGAAGGUGCAUUUAGAGAAGUUGCAGCUUUUCUACUGGACCAUCCAAGGACCGGGCACCGAACAUUGUCCAAUUAUAAGAUUGGCUUUUCUGGUGUGCCUCCCACUGCUAUGGUUCAGUGCUUGCACAAUGCAUUUCAUCAUCCUGAUGGAUUUGAGUGGUCAUCCGAAUACAUUAAAGUUGGUUCGUUGCAGCUGUUUAUGAAGAAUGAAGGAAAUUGUGAGGAUAUGGGUCCUGGGAUAUUUCCUCUUGAGGAAGUCCAUAAGAUUACUGUCUUUGACAUAAGAACAGCAAAUGCAGAUAGGCAUGCCGGGAAUAUUCUUGUGAGAAGGGAAGGAGAAGAAGGGCGAAUCGUGCUUACUCCAAUUGACCAUGGCUACUGCUUGCCUGAGAAUUUUGAAGAUUGCACCUUUGAUUGGCUCUAUUGGCCACAAGCCCGUCAGCCUUAUUCUCCAGAAACAAUCAAUUACAUCAAAUCACUGGAUGCUGAACAAGACAUUGUCCUUCUUAAGUUUUACGGAUUGGAUUUGUCUGUUGAAUGUGCUCGUACUCUUCGUAUCUCAACCAUGCUUCUGAAGAAAGGGGUAGAGAGAGGACUUACUCCCUUUGACAUAGGAAGCAUGAUGUGCAGGGAAACCUUGAACAAGGAAUCCGUUAUCGAGGAAAUCGUUCGUGAUGCUCAAGAUUCUAUGCUUCCUGGCAUGACCGAAGCUGCAUUUCUUGAAACUGUCUACAAGCUCAUGGAUAUCAAGCUUGAGAAGCUAAAAUAUAAAUCUUCCUAAGGAUUGUAAGUAUGUGUAUCUUUUGAUUCUUGUUGUGUAUGUAUAUAGCAUUCGGUCCAUAUAUUAUAUAAAUGGACUGAAUGGAGAUAGCGAAGGUGGAUGACUGACUUUGUCGUCUUAUGGUCAGAAACCUUUUUUCCUCUCAGCUUCUGCUCAUUACCAAUUUGAUGGUUUUCCAAAUAUGGAACAGAAGUUGCAAUAUGCAAUAAAUAAAUAAAUAAAACAAACUGUUAUUACAGUUGCCUUG